AUGAAUCUUGCUAAACGUUUGUUAACAAUCACAAUUGAAUCAUUGUCUGGUCAAUAUGAUUAUCCUGCUAGAAUUAUUAUGCAUCAAGAAAUAAAAAAAACACCAUUUAUGGUAGAAUUUUCAACAGCAACAUACAGACGACAAUAUUCUGAUUCAGCUCGUAGUUCACGUAGUAUUGCCAUGAAAAUUCAUACAGAUGAAGAAGAAUAUAAUAUAUUUUCAGUUAACUUUCUUGAAAUUUUAGUACGUGACCCAACUCAAGAACCAGUUGUCAUUUGUUCACAACAACGUCAUCUAAAUAGUUUUCUUGUUCAUUGA